UGCGUCGACGCACAAGGUUCGAGCCGAGGCCGUUUCCGCUUCCGGCCGAAGUUGCGGGAAGAUGGCGGCGGCCGUAACAACGCGGGCACUGAGGGUCUCCUUCAGGCGGCUGGUGUCCGCGUGCAGCGGCAGCGUCCUGAGAGGGUCAGGGCCCGGAGCAGCUUCCCUGGGGUCUGCUUCCCGAAGGUUCGGUUCGCAGAGCACCGCAGUUCCAGAAGGAUACGUUCCUGCAACAUCGCUGAGUUCACCACCUUGGCCAGAAGUUGUCCUGCCAGACCCCGCUGUGGAGACCAGACGCCAUGCAGAGGUCGUGGGGAAGGUGAACGAGCUGAUUGCCACGGGCCAGUAUGGCCGGCUCUUUGCUGUGGUCCACUUCGCAAGCCAGCAGUGGAAAGUGACUUCUGAGGACCUGAUUUUAAUCAACAACAAAUUAGACAUCGCGUGUGGUGAGAGAAUACGGCUGGAGAAGGUCCUGCUGGUCGGAGCUGACAACUUCACGUUGCUCGGCAAGCCGCUCCUCGGAAAGGAUCUCGUUCGUGUAGAGGCCACAGUCAUUGAAAAGACAGAAUCAUGGCCAAAAAUCAAUAUGAAAUUUAAGAAAAGGAAAAACUACAAGAGGAAAAAAGGUAAGUUAGAGAAAGCGUGGCAGGUGUCAUGUCCCCACCCUGCUCCGUCGGAUGGUCCUGCGGCUGUUAGGGGUCCGGGGCCACUGGGAUGCGCCAGCCACAGACAUGGGGGAGAGAGCUCUGCCCCAGUACUCUGGGUCCAGUGUGGAGGGGCAGAUGGAGGCCCGUCUUAACCAAGCCAGAGGUGUGGAGGGAGAGGGCCCCGGGAGCUUCAGGCCCUUGCCACAGCCUGACGCAGCUUGCCCGGGAGACGCGGACGCAGACACCAGAGGCAGCAGUCACGUCCCACACAGACUGGACAGAGAAACGGGACGUGGCGGUUGGCAGGGGGUCUUCUCAGCACAACGUCACCCAGAGAACGGGAACGAAUCUUGGAGCAACACCCGACCUUGUGCCUCCGGGCACAUAUGUCCGUCCACACACGCUCGUACCCACACGUGUGUGUGACGGAACAUGGGAGAGCGAGGAGAGGGAGCCCUCCAGGGGAGCAGGGGGGCCGGAAGAUGGGGCCUGUUGGUUGAUAGAGAAGGGAGAGCCAGAGGGGCCUGGGGGGCCGGGGUGGGGAGCGUGGGCUUCGGUGCAUGCACGGUGUGGGGACGCCUCGGACGGCAGCUUGGCUGUCUGCAGGGCCGUCCCCGCAGGAGCUUCUGCUGGAAGUCACCUUGUGGAGGCUGCUCAAGGCUGGGCUCGUGGGCUGCAGUGGCUUGUCUGGGGAAACCUGUAGCCCUCACAGUCCUUGGUCACCACGGGAACUGCUGGCCUGAGCUACCAGUAGUGGGGAGUUAGUAAAAUACCCUGACACCGUGGGGUGGCCUUUACCACAGGUCAGGUCCACAGGAGCCUCUCCUCUGCCCUCUGUCGCCCCUAGGCAGACCGGGGGUCUCACCGCACUCCGGGGGAAGGAGGGCCGGGCUGCUCCCAGCCUCCGAGGCCCCGGGUCUUAGAGCCUGUGCUGCUUCUGAUGGGGGCUCACGGAGCACGGGGGGUCCCUCAGGAGGCCCUCAUGGCACGUGGCCAGCAGGGCCCACACGGGGUCUGGGUGCCACCUGGGGAGGGCUGGUGCCAGGCUGACCUGCACUCACUCGCAAAGAGCAGGUGGUCCGGCAGCAGGGUCUCACCACAGCUCGUGAGCACG